GUCACCAGGCGGGCGCUCGGCUUCCCAUUGGUCCCUGGCUCCCCUCCCCUCGCCCCACGUGGGGUUUAAAUGCCUCCUGGCCGGAGCCCGCGGAGCCUCUUUGCCCCGAGCUCAUGUGCUGGAGUUUUAUGACUGGCCAAGCGCGGGCGCUCUGGGAGGGGAGGGGGCCCCUCGUCCCCUCGCUCACCCCGCCAAUGACCAGCGACUCUAGCCCCCAGGAGCCACCCAUGAAGCAUCGCUCCCCUUUGCAGCACACCGGCCGAUGAUCCAAAGCCCCGGUGCGCAGCUGUCGUUAGCCAUGAGCUGUCUGGAUGUUAUGUACCAAGUCUAUGGUCCUCCCCAGCCGUACUUCGCCGCAGCCUAUAGCCCUUAUCACCAGAAACUAGCCUUUUACUCGAAAAUGCAAGAAGCCCCCGAAAGCGCCAGCAGCGCCAGCACCAGCAGCAGCUCCUUCUCCAGCCACGCCCCGGCCAGCAUCAAGGAGGAAGACUGCAGCCCCGAGAAGGAGCGCCCCCCCGAGGCCGAGUAUAUCAACUCCCGGUGCGUCUUGUUCACCUACUUCCAGGGAGACAUCAGCUCCGUGGUAGAUGAGCACUUCAGCCGGGCCCUGAGCCAGCCCAGCAGCUACUCGCCCAGCAGCGCCAGCGCCAAGACACCCAGGAGCACCGGCUCUUGGAGGGACGGCUCCUUCCCGAUGAGCCAGCGCAGCUUCCCCGCGUCCUUCUGGAACAGCGCCUACCAGCCCUCCUCGGUCCCGGCCUCCCUGAACAAGCCAACCAUGGCUCAGCAUCUAUUCCAGGCAUUUCAAGGACAAGAACAUGGGAAAGGCAAUGGAAAUCACGCUACUUGGCAUUUCAAGAUAUUCACACUGUCUGAUAGCAGACCAACUAAGUAUAACCAAGAAAUUAAUAAAAAUCAGAACAUUUUCACAGAGAUUUCCAAAAAGGAAACACAACUAAUUCUGAUUAAUCUGAAUCAGAUUCUGAUUAAUCGGAUGAAUUGGACUUUGAUGAAUCAGAAUCCAAAUCCGAUGAGUAUAGCAGUUGUGGUAGUAGUUGUCAUCUGCAAGUUGGUCCAUAAUUUGCUGAACAUGGUACAGUUCAGAGACAAGUACAGCACAAGCAGUAGCAGCUUCUUUGGCACCCAGAUAACAAGCCAGGAGUGUGAUUCUAAAGCUAAGAAGGGUUAUCCAAAGGGUAGCAAUGCAUAUAGAAUGCUCUUUGGAUGA